CGAAUGUUCGGAGAAGAAUGCAGCGUACUAUAACGAUGGAAGUGCCAGCAAUAGAGUUACCCGAAUAUGAUUUUUCCAAGGUCUGUCCCUGCAACGAAUGUUCGGAGAAGACAAAGGCCCUUAUGGAAUUUGAGAUCGAUCUCAAAUCUAAACAUGACCGAAUCCGGAAACUUUAUAUACAAGUGUUUUAUGAUAUCGAAGACUUUACGAAUAUUAUACCUGCCUUCGUGCGGACAACAGAGACAUGGGCUUGUCUUCAACGUAGCCGUAAAAGUCUACACGAGAAGUCUGGGGUCCCGCUCACAAGAAGUAAAUCUGAAGAGGAUAUAAGAGAUGUAUUCAGUCAAAUUUGUACUAUCUUACUAAAUCAAGAGAGACUGAAUCAAUUUGUGCUUCCAGAUGAAUGCGAGGGUCAUGAUGAUAAACCCAAUCAUCUUAAUGAGAAAAUAAGUUCUAUGUUUAAGUGCUUCCUAUUCACCAAAUUUGAGGAUGUUGUGCUUAACAUUCUCAGUAAGAUGAAUGAGCCUGAAAAUCAAGAUGGAAAGUCCGCUGAAGAAGGAGAAAUGUCUCUGAACCUUUCAAUCUCUAAGAGGCACUUGGACAAGCAAAUAAAGGUUUUUAAAGAGUUGCCAUUUCAAGAUAUGUACCUAGAAUUUGAAACGCUUGCUGGGAGAGGAGUAAGCUGAAAGUAUCGAUACUUGGUUGAAGAC